AUGGGCUUCUGGGACGCUGUCACCGACCUCAUCGACGCGGCCACUCCGUGGGCCACCGUCGAGGCCGAGGCCCCUGCCGAUACCCCGGCUGAGGCUGCCCCUGCUUCCGAGAGCACUGAGGAGACCACCAAGGAGACCGAGGCUGAGGAGCCCGCCGCCGCCGCCGACGAGCCCGAGGAGGAGGCUGAGGAGGAAGAGGAGGAGGAGGACGAGGAUGAGAUCAAAGACCCCAAGGAGACUUUCGAGGAGGAACUGCCAAUGACACGCGACCGCCGAACUUGCGUCGAUCUCGCCCAGCCUUGCAUCUUCACACAACGUUCUCCGACACUUACUCGUUACGGAGCCCAACUCGAGACGGAACAUGAUGUGCUGACGGGGGUAUUGCUUACAGAGUGCCGCAACUCCAAGGAGUGCGCUCCCGCCAAGCACCACUACGAUGAGUGCGCCGCCCGCGUCACCGGCGCUGGUUCUGACACCAAGGAGGACUGCGUUGAGGAGUUCUUCCACCUCGUCCACUGCGCCACCCAGUGCGCCGCUCCCAAGCUCUGGAACGUCCUCAAAUAA